CUUCCUCUUGUCCUUCCCAUUAUCUUCAAUAUGGAAGAAGACCACAAGGAACUACAACUACUUCCUUCUCCACAUACCACAGCUUCUUCAUCACACACUUCACCGUGGCCGUCCGAUUCCUCUGUAAUGUUCCGAUCAAUGGAUCCAUUCGAAGGUCCAUCUCUAGACCUUCAACUCUCAAUAAGUCUCCGGCCAAUGAAGCCACCGUCCGAUUAUUUUCUAACGAGGCCAAUCACGGAUAUAAAAGACGAGUCAUCUGGCGUUGAGGCGUUGAAGUGGCAGGCGGCGGAGCAAAUUCGUUUGGCUGCUAUGGAGAAGGCGUAUGCGGAGCGUGUGAGGGAGCUUACUAGAAGAGAAAUGGAGUUGGCGCAAUCGGAGUUCGCUCAUGCGAGGAACAUGUGGGAUAGAGCUCGAGAAGAGGUCGAUAAGGCUGAGAAGUUGAAGGAGAGAGCGAUUCGGAGGAUUGAUUCAAGGUGCAUGGAGAUCACUUGCCAAUCUUGCCGCCAAGGGUUUCGAGGUUAAAUGAUAUUGAAUUUGGAUUCGUUUCGUUUUCAGUUUCACUGCAAGUUUGUAAGUUUUGAGUAUUGAAUCUCGACAUUUCCUUCUGCAAAAGAAGAGAGAAGGCAAAAAGGAUGCAAUAAAGGGGGCACUACUGAAAGCUUCAAAAUGCCUGUUUUUAAUGGCGAAAUCUGUAUGUUAAAUAAUUAUUAACUACAUCAUUUGAUUGUUACUCAGAUCAAGCACUGUCUCUUGUGUGAAAUCAAACCCCUUUUUUAUUCCAUGAAUUGUAUGUGUGUAUUUGAACUUGUUAUUGUUAUCACAACAUGCGCGUAGUCUUAUCCAGUUUUGCGAGAUCCUGCAAGGUCUUGUGAGUGAAGCUAGCAACCCACAAGUUUUGAAAGUCAC